GAGCAAAAACUGGCGUGUCCAAUACACAGAGUGACGGCUAUUACUAACAACAUACUUACUUCUUCUUCUGUUAAACAGGAGAUGAAUAUCCCGGUACGUAUUAUUCAUAGCAGUCAUGGUUCCAUGGUAACGGACGUCAUACAAACACUGACUUGAGAAGAUGGCAAGCUCAGGAGCAAGCGGCCACAGCACUGGGACUGUCUCGGCCAGCAAGGGGCUGCAGAGAAUGUGGGACGAGAGAAAAUUGGAGGAACACAGAGAGCGGCUGCGGAGGGUAAAGCCGACCGUUGAUAACGGUCCACCGACCAACUUCGUUCACCUAAAGCAGAACCUGAGAAAGCGCCAGAUUGAAGAGGACAGGUGGCGGUUGGUUGACAGACACAACCGCGAGCUUCUCAUGCGGAUGAACACCAUAAUGCACAGUACUGGUCGCGUGGAGCACAGAAAUUUGGACUGGAAGCCGAAGAAAAGCAUUGGGUACAUAAAGAGACAGGAAGAGAUGCAGAGAGUUCAAAGAGAGAACCAGGUACACAACAUGCUUGCCAUAAAUCGCUACAGCUCAACAGCCUUUCUACAGGCAAUUCUGAAGAGGAUUCAAACUGUUAAACCUCAAUACAGUGUAAAGCAGUGGGAGAGUGACUACCACAGCCAUGUUGAGAGAUGCCGCAGCAUGUCACAGACAUUGUCUGGACUGGGGCCGAGCACUAGGGCACAGAGGGAACCAAGGAAGAGAAAGGCUGAGCUUCACCUACCACCCAUUCACCCAAUAGCGACAGAUAAACAGUUGAGCGACAUCCAGGAAGAAAUUGACGUGGAGACCUAGCCAAUUCUGUCUGUAUACUCUUACUUUACCUUAUUGGGACAAAUGAUGAAAGUUCAUACAUACAACAUACUCUGAAACUGCAGACUAUACUGCUUGUGAGUCUUGAUUGAAACUGAUGCACAUCCGCAUUGUUUGGGCCUUCAGUUUGUGUUUGCUCACAUCUUUGGCUGUUGCUGGUGGUCUCGUGUCAGGGUUAGGGUAACUCUUAGUUCGUGAGCGAUUUUCAACUUCAUAUAGUUUUUGCUUGAUGAUCACCGGCUCUGUUUUUGUGCGCCUUUCGCCAUUUCUCUCCACUCCAUCACCCCCUUCUUCCUCGGCUAUGGCUAAGAGGGACUCUGUCAUACUCUCUCCUAGUCCACUACUAGCAUUAGACAGGCGAUAAGACGAGUGAUAGCUAGCUGUUGAACCACUGGAGUCCCUGCGUGUAUCCUCUGAGUGCUGUUCUUUCUGGGGUAGCACACGGACUGAGCGAGUAGGAAGAGGCUGUGAAUUCUCAGCAACAGCUCCUUGUCUUCUCAGAAAUGGGCCAGUAGUAGUGUGCUCGGAGGGCAGUGGCAGCGACGGAGGGACUUUGUCAAGGUUGGAGAAUUGUGGGGAAGUAACACGAAUGGGAGAAGGAUGGGAGUGAGUUGGUGAAGGAUAAAGGAAAGAUGGAGAUGGAGGAAGUGGAGCAACUCUCACUGGGACCUCAUAGUCACUGGCCACAGC